GAGGGGGAGGGGGAGAAGAAGGGGGAAGUGGAGAGGAAGAGGGGGAAGACAGAGGAGGGGGAGGUGGACAAGAAGGGGGAGGGGGAGGGGGAGAGGAAGGCGGAGGGGAAGUGGAAGGGGAAGGAGGAGGAGGAGAGGGAGGGGGAGAAGAAGGGGGAAGUGGAGAGCAAGAGGGGGAAGACAGAGGAGGGGAAGGUGGACAAGAAGGGGGAGGGGGAGGCGGAGGAGGAUGAGAAGAUGGAAAAGAGGAAUGGAGAUGGAGAUGGAGAUGGAGAUGGAGAUGGAGAUGGAGAUGGAGACGAUUGGGAAGGAGAGGAUGGAGAACAAUACCGAAGGAACGGCGGGAAGAAGAGGAGAAGGUCGGAAGGUGGGAGGAGAGGAGGAGGAGCAGGAAAAGUCGGGGCAGUGAAAGCAUACCUGGGUGUCACAAGGUUUCACAGGUGGUGGGGCGACGUGAAGACCAAGAAGGAGAAGACUGAAUCCAACGCGCUCGUUUGCGGCAGCAGCGCAAAGGGCGGGAGACGAUGACACGCAGAUAAACGAGCCGGAAAAUG